AUGAAUUACCAACAGCCUAGUGACUCUCCAUCCCAUCAAUCGCCACAGCCGCUUUCUGACUCUGGGCUGCAGGGGAUGCCCGAUACAAAUACCCCAGAAAACAGCUGGAAUCUCAAUGAUAUAACAGAUGACUGGAAUGCUUUAAAUGACUUCUAUUUUUGCUCAUCGGAGCCCACCUGGGAAUGGCCAUGGACAGACCAUGACGCACAACCCCACGAGACACCCGACCAUGCAGCUCUCCAGGCCUCGGAUCUGCAAGCGUCGGAUAUACAAAAUGAGCCAUUCCAAACAGUCACAGCCGAGAGUCCCGCGGACCUGUAUCAGCCGCGGCCUCAAAAUCUCGCAAAUGUUCCACAGUGGCUUGAUGGCGCAUAUCGCCCGCCAAUUUCAUGCAGCUAUUGCCGCAGACAUCGACUCCAGUGCUUGAUUCUCCGCACUACAUCUGCAAAUCCAAACCCUGUCGCAGCCUGCUCCAGCUGUGUGGCCCUUUUUCGAGAAUGCAGUCUAGCAAAGGGAGAAAAACGACUGCCUUCAGGAUUUGAGACAUUCGCUCCGGUAUUAGGCCACUUACACGGACUUCCAGAGCACACCGAGGAUGGCGAGCCGGUUCUACCUAGCGUGGAGAACAUAGAAGAGCGUAAAGAAUCUAAACAAUUCGUGCGAAAGGGAGCCAGAGUCUUACGAGAGUGGUUCUAUCAGAACCAAGAACAUCCAUAUCCUACCGAAGACCAGAAGAUUCAAUUUUCACGUGAAACUGGAUUCUCAGAGAAACGAAUCACUACCUGGUUUGCGAAUGCCCGCCGUCGGCAGAAGCAAAAAAUCCAGUCAUCAAAUCUAGCAGCCAACACUCGUACUCGUGCUGGCUCCCCGCUGAUUAAGAGUACGCUGAGUUCGCUCACCCCCAUGGAGCGGUGGGAAGCAUCGCCGCCAGAAGACGAAGCGGUUCCAGAAUCCGUGAUUCAGGAUGCGAUUGCAUCUACGUCUUUCGACAUAUCGAUGGACCCCUUUCAGUUUGAUGGAUCUGCCAUGGAUCUGUUCAACUUUGACGAGUCGUCAUCCCACCUUCCCUCUUCCGCAUCCAGCUUUGGGAGCCGAGUAUCAGAGACUUCAGAUAGUGUCUCGUCAGCAUGGAGUCAUCAGUCUGGAGAGGGAAGUCUGUCAUUCCCAAUGCUACCAAAGCCAUCUCGCACUCGCCGGCGGGAUCAUUCAGAAGAGCAUCAAUACCAGUGCACCUUUUGUACCCGAUCAUUUAAGAAGAGACAUGACUGGGCUCGACAUGAGAAAAGCGUCCAUCUUUCGCUUGAGAUCUGGAUCUGCACACCUAAUUUGGAGGAAAUACAACAAAUUUGGCACACCCAAGGCGCUGAAUGCAACUUCUGUGACGUAGUAUGUCCUGGUCCUUCUCAUUUAGAAGAUCAUGAAUUCCACGUCUGUGCUACAAAGCCCGUGGCGGACCGGUCCUUCACGCGCAAAGACUACCUAUGGCAGCAUCUCCGAAAGUUUCAUGGAUGUAAUAAGAACCCUGUCACUGAUCUAGAAGCAUGGCGAGGGGCCGGUGCCGAUGUUCAAAGCCGAUGUGGUUUCUGCGACCAGUCACUAUCAACGUGGACUGCUCGGGCAGAACACUUGGGAGACCAUUUCAAGAAUGGGAUACGGAUGAACCAAUGGGUUGGCGACUGGGGACUUAGUCCAACUGCGAUGGGAGUUCUUCGCAAGGCUACGUUGCCAAAUCAGCGGUCUCUAGCUACCUGA